UUUUAUAAUGUUUGCUUAAAAUUUAGUCCCGUGCCUCUGAACGAUGAACAGGAAAAGUAAUUCAAAAUAUUUUGAAAAAGAUUGAACUGAUUAAUGGAUAAAUAAAACGGCUCAAAGCGGCGCGUGGAGGAUCAAUAAAAAAGAGGAAUGAAGACGGACAUCGAGAAGAGGUGAAACUAUAGGAAAAGUUGGUAAAAAAAAUAAAUAAUAAUAAAAACAACGGAAUAGGAGAAAUGCUUCUGUUAUAACAGUGCCUAUGUUGGCUAUAACUAUAUAAUAACUGGUCAUGCAGUUUCUAGACCUUAAGACCACACUGUUCGCUGGUAGCGCGCCCUGGGCAUCGUUACGAAUAUGGUAUAAGACACCCUGCUUGCCUACUUCAGGUUGCCUUUACUGUUCAUCUUUUGUAGAACAAGGGUGUCGUCAGAUAUUUGGUGGCUAAUCCGUUCCUGAGCGCAGCUCGACCAGCCGCGCGGUGUCGGUCCGCCCAGGAUCGCAGCCCCCCCCCCACCCUCCUAAUUAGACCCUUUAGGCAAUUAAUAGGCAUCGAGCAAGAGUGGACUGAGCGGACCUUUGAGCAUGCUGGCUCGCAAGAUCUGCGGUCUUCUGCUGCUUCUCAUCGUGAUCUCCGCUUCUCCUCUAAUGGCAGACAAGUCAUCGUUACUAAUCUCGGAAAGCAUGUGGCCGCACGGCUGCGUGCUGAACUGUGCCAGGGGACGCCAUCGGGCCGUCUGCGGCAGCAAUGGCCAGCUGUACAAGUCGCAGUGUGCCUUCCAGAGAGCCCAGUGCGGCAAUUUGCAGCUGAAAAAAGCACCCCAUGCCCACUGCGCAGCUGCCAGGGAACCUGAAAGAACGAAAGAUCAGGUCAAGUCUAAAUGCCAGCUUGCUCGAGAUAAGGCUUUGGAGUCAGUGACCAGCAGCAACACGACCACCUUCUUCGUCCCAGAAUGCUCCGAAGAGGGUACUUACCUUCAGGUACAGUGUCACAGCCAGACGGGAUACUGCUGGUGCUCGACUCCAGACGGGAAGCUGGUCAGUGGGACCUCCGUCCUGCACCAGAGACCCAACUGCACAAGUCAGGUGCCUGAAACCUUUAUGAUGCAUGUGCAGCAUAAAGAGGGCAGCAGAGUGAGCCCCACACCCGACCCCAGCCUCAGCGACUCCUCUAGCUCUGCAGUAUCAGAAAUAACGGCUCCUCCCUUCUGGGUGACCAUUCUGUUGAACUCCGACCCCAAAGGGAAUCGCCACGUUAGGCCCCCUGCAGAGACUCCGCGGCCGUGUGAGCGGGAGCGAGCCGCACUGCUGGCGGCGGCCGCGCCCCCGCGCCUCAAUGAGGAGCGCUACGUACCGGAGUGCAGUGCCGACGGCCGCUACAGUCCCGUCCAGUGCCACGCUGCCGCUGGCUACUGCUGGUGCGUGUGGGUGGACACUGGCCGUCUGGUGCGCGGCACUUCAGUCAGGAACCAGCUACCAGACUGCAGUAAGGAGCAGAAGCAGGCUGGCCACAGGGACAAGGGCUACAAGGACAAGCCGUUGCCGGGUUGUCCUGGUGCUCGUAAGAAGGAGCUCCUGCAGGGGCUGGUGAGAACAUUGCAGCUGGAGGCUCUACAGGCAGGAGAUGCACCGAGCUCCCAGUGGAGGGUAGAUGUGCCGCUGUCGUCCCCAGUCCCCGAGUCCUUCUCCCCUAGCCCCCAGGACAGGGCCGUGUCAGUGCGGGGCGGCGCUGGAGGGGUGCUGCAGGAGUACUUCCUGGCGCUGGACGUGAACGGCGACGGCGGGCUGAGCGAGCAGGAGGAGCGGCCCCUCCGCCACCUCCUCCGCCACCUCCUCCGCCGGCUGCAGCCACGGCUGCAGCCACGGCGCUGCGCCAAGCGGUUCACCCAGCACUGCGACGGCGACGGCGACCGCAGCCUGACGCUGGCCGAGCUCGCCGGCUGCCUGGGACUGUGAGGUGGGGUUCAUCUGAGGACAUGGCGGGACGACACACUUUGGGUAUGCUUCUGUGACCUUGGGAGAUAUACAGUUAUGUAUGUUUUAUAUAUAUUUUUUAUACCAACCGUAAUAAUACAUUGUGAAGGUAUCUAAAGUGCAUUAUAUACAGCUAUAUAUCUAUAGUAUAGUGUAUGUACAGUAUAGUGUUACCUAGAUAACCUAUGUAGUAAAUAUGGAGAUGGGUGAAUGAUAAAUGAUGAUGUACGUGUGAAAAAUAUUUUAGCAAUGGAAACGACAACAUGAAGAUGAUUCAGAAUUCGAGACACAACUGCGUGCAUUAAUUAAUGUGUCCCUUAAUGCAGGCCUCCUAAGCGAAUUAGGUACAUAGGCUUUCAUUUUGCGCUCAGUAUCUAUAGUAGGGCUACUCAAUUAUUUAGUUCAAAUUACAUCAGCAACACAAAGCCAAGGUCCACUGCCCCCCCCCCUUCAUUUGCCAGUUGAAACUCCCUGAUCUGCAUGACAUCUACAAGUCUGAAUUUUACAUUUGCGCGAAAAUCGAAAAAAUAAGAAAUGUAAAAAUCUUUGGCGGAGCGGUUCCCCCGAGCGUGUGGCUGAUGAUGCGAGAGCCUCGCUAAGGGUUUCAACCGUGCUAUAGAGGGACGUGUGUUUGCUCCGGAGGGCCAAAGCUGUGCAGUCAGGUUCCUGGUGACUCCUCGGGUCAGGGGUGCAUUUUAUCCUCGUACGUGCGCACGCUCGCUCCGCCCGCCGCCCCGCUACCCCCUCCAACGCCAGCAAGGAAAGAGAGACUCUGUUCUUUUCAUUGCCUGCCUCUGUUUUCCUUGGAUCUGUGUCAGAUAAAUAUCGAUGUGUGUUUAUGUACAUAAUAAAGCUAAAAUAAACGCGCCGUGAAUUGGCCACCCCUGCC